GCGAGGGAACCCGGUGAGGUGAUGGAGCUGGAGGCGGCGACGCGGCGGUUCCACCUCUGGUUCCGCGGGCUGCGGGGGCUGCGGCGAGACCUCCGGUCGGCGCGGUGGGCCCACGACCCGGCCCAGCUCGGGGCGCUGGUGGGCCGGUUCGUGGCCCAUAUGGAGGACUACUGCGCGGCGCGGGCGGAGAUGGACCCGGUGUGGACGCUGUCGGCGCCGUGGGCGAGCCCCGUGGAGCGCGGCGCGGCGUACUGGCUCGCCGGCUGGCGGCCGACCACGCUGGUCCACCUGCUCUACACCGAGUCCGGCCGCCGCUUCGAGUCGCAGCUCCCCGACCUCCUCCUCGGCGUGCGGUCGGGCAACCUCGGCGACCUUAGCCCCGCGCAGCUGGCGCAGAUCGACGACCUGCAGCGCCGGACCGUCGCCGAGGAGGACGGCCUGUCGCGGGAGAUGGCACAGGUGCAGGACGGCCACGGCGCGGUCGCCUCCGGCGGGGAGAUCGACGUCGACGGGAUAGUGGCCCGGGUCAAGGCGGUGCUCGGCCGCGCCGACGCGCUGCGGCUGCGCACGAUGAGGCGCGCGGUGGAGAUCCUGGAGCCGGCGCAGGCGGCCGAGCUGCUCGUCGCCGCCGCGGACAUGGAGAUCGGCUUCCGGGAGUUCGGGCUCAAGUACGGCUCGGGCCGCGCCGACUAGCACUUUACUGGGCCGGAAAAGGCCCAUCACCCUUGUAAUUGUCUCUUAGCUGCAUGAUGGGCCAUAGAUGGGCCUUGGGCCCGUGGCUGUUGAGAGAGUAAUAAAAUGCAAGCAAAUCUGGUGGUUUAUGCUGUGCAAAAGCGUUGGUCGUUCCGUUUAGGAUGUUUUCCUCGACAAUGAUCAUUUUAUUGUCAGCUGACACUCCAAACCUAAAAUAUUUCUGCUCUAGUGAGAAUUAGUUUUGUCCUUUGUUAUGUAUUUUUAGCGUAGAUCUACCUGCAUCAUAAAAAAAGUUAUGAAU